CUAAAAAGUGAAAACCCCUCUCAAUUAUUUGGCUUAUUAAUAUUUCGAAGCGAUCCAGCGUUCAAAUCUCAGCCUCUAACGGGCUCCAGAUUCUUCCUUCGAAUUCGAGGCGAUCAAAUAUUCCGAUCGAGGCGAGAGAAGGAGACGCGUACGAGAACGAUGGAGCUCUUCUUCUUCUUCUUCUUCUUCAAUGGAUUAUUCCGCAUCAAGGCUUCCCCCCGGGCCGUCGAAGCUUCCGAUCAUCGGUAGCAUGCACCACCUCCUCGUCGGGACCUUACCGCACAUCACUCUAAGGAACCUCUCCAAAAUUUAUGGCCCUCUCAUGCAUUUGAAGCUCGGUGAAGUAUCCACCGUUGUCGUCACCUCUCGUGAGAUUGCCAGAGAGCUUUUUACGACUCACGACCUCAAAUUCGCGUCGAGGCCUAACAUCAUAGCUGCAGAUAUUGCUAUCUACGGUGGCAUGGACAUCCUUUUCGCUCCCUACGGAGCAUAUUGGAGGCAAAUUCGGAAAAUUUGCGUCAUGGAAAUACUAAGUGCUAAGCGAGUCCUCUCUUUUCGCCAUGUUAGAGAGGAGGAGGUCCUCGAUCUCGUAAAACAAAUCAAUUCGAUGUCGUCUUCUCAUUCAACUGCUAAUCUGAGCGAAAUGCUUCAUUCGUUGACGAACAAUAUCACUUCGAGGGUCGCUUUUGGGAUGAAGUGCAAGGAUGUAGGUGAGUACUUAAAGGCCAUGAAGGAAGGGUUGGAGUUAGCUAGCGGUUUCAAUGCGGCCGACCUUUUCCCGUCGGUGGGGUUGCUCAUUAGUUCGGUCACUGGAAUGAGGCGUAAGCUCGAAAGAUGUUGCAGGACGAUUGAUACAAUCCUCGAAGCUAUUAUCGAGGAACGGAGAGAAAUUUGGGCAAGUAUGGUGAAGGUUCGCGAAGGCGAGGCAGUCGAAGGGAACAUCCUUGAUGUUCUUUUUAAUCUCCAAGCUCAAGGUGGACUAGUUGGUUUCCCUUUCACCCAAACUACAAUUAAAGCUGUGAUAUUUGACAUCUUUGCCGCCGGGAGCGGCACCGCAGCGUCUUCCAUGACAUGGACCAUGUCUGAGCUCAUAAGGAACCCGCGAGUCAUGAAGAAGUUGCAGGCCGAGAUACGAGAAGCACUUCGUGGAAAAGUGAGUGUUUCCGAAGAGGACAUCACCAAUUUGAGCUACCUACAACUUGUGAUCAAGGAAUCCCUCAGACUCCACCCUCCCGCGCCGCUUCUGGUCCCGCGAGAGUGCACUGAGACGUGCAAAAUCAACGGUCACAUCAUUCCAAAGAAAUCGAGAGUGAUCUUCAACGCAUGGGCUAUGGGUCGGGACCCCCGGUACUGGGACAACCCUGAGGAGUUCAAGCCGGAGAGGUUCGAGUCGAGCUCGGGCCCAAUCGAUUUCGUGGGGAGUAGCUACGAGUACAUACCAUUUGGAGGGGGGAGGAGGAUUUGUCCCGGGGUGCAUUUUGGGCUAGCUACCAUGGGGCUAACAUCGGUGCAACUUUUAUAUCACUUCGAUUGGGGUUUGCCCCAAGGGGUGAGUGAGCUCGACAUGAGCGAGUCACCCGGGUUGGGUGCGCGUCGCAAAUUUGACCUAUGCCUUCGUGCAACCCCUUAUGGUCCCGCAUACGUGUUAAAUUAAAUGUGUUAGUUUGUGUGUGUUUGCUUUGUAGCUUAGUUAGGUGAUGAUUAUUAUUUACAGCCAUAGCUUACUUUGUUGAUGGUUAUUAUUUAUGGCCGUAACGCCUUAGAUUUAUGUGAAAAAUCAAGUGAGCAGAACAUCGGGUUUAUUUAAAUAUAUUUA